AUGCUGCGCGGCGCCGCCUGGGCGCUGCUCCUGGCCGCCGCCCUGGGGCUCGGGGUGCGCGGGGUGCGCGGCGCGGUGGCCCUCGCCGACUUCUACCCGUUCGGCACGGAGCGCGGCGACGCUGUCACCCCCAAGCAGGACGACGGCGGCUCGGGGCUGCAGCCGCUCUCCGUGCCCUUCCCGUUCUUCGGCGCCGAGCACUCCGGACUCUACGUGAACAAUAACGGAGUCGUCUCCUUCCUGAAGGAGGUCUCUCAGUUCACCCCCGCGGCCUUCCCCAUCGCCAAGGACCGCUGCGUGGUGGCAGCCUUCUGGGCAGACGUGGACAAUCGGCGUGCAGGUGAUGUGUACUACAGGGAGGCCACUGACCCUGCCACGCUGCACAGAGCCACAGAGGACGUCAGGCGCUACUUCCCCGAGCUCCAGGACUUCUCCGCCACCUGGGUCUUCAUAGCCACCUGGCACCGUGUGACCUUCUUUGGAGGCAGCUCCUCUUCCCCCGUCAACACGUUCCAGACUGUGCUCAUCACUGACGGCAAGUUCUCCUUCACCAUCUUCAACUACGAGUCCAUCACGUGGACCACAGGCACACACGCCAGCAGCGGGGGUGACACCACUGGCCUGGGAGGGAUCGCGGCCCAGGGGCUGGCCCAUGGCCCACAGAACUGUGGCCGGCAAGAAGUCUUAAGUGUGGAGGGCGUGGUCAAGUGCAAGUCCCCGAGGCCAGCCAGUGCUCCUGCACUGUGUGAAGGCCCCCACCUCCUCCCGGGCCACCUACUUUCUCCUGAGCUCACACUUGCCCCUAGCCCCCGGUCCUUAUGGGAGCUGAGACUCCAAGGGAGUGAGCCCCGCAGAUUUCAGUGGCCCUACUUCUCCAGAGGGGUACGGCCCCCCGAGCUGAGCUCUGUGGGCUGCGCGUCCUGCGAGGCCCAGGCAUGGGGUCGGGUGGCCCUCGGGGACCGCUGGAGACCCCCUGGCCAGGAGGCCAUGAUGUGCGAAACCCUGACUUCAACAGCCCUGACCUCCGUGUGCCUGGCCCUGCGUCCCUGCCUCAACGGCGGCAAGUGCAUUGACGACUGCAUCACGGGCAAUCCCUCCUACAGCUGCUCCUGCCUCUCGGGCUUCACUGGGAGGCGGUGUCACCUGGAUGUUAACGAAUGUGCUUCCCAUCCAUGUCAGAACGGCGGGACCUGCACACACGGCAUCAACAGCUUCAGCUGCCGAUGCCCAGCCGGCUUCGGGGGGCCCACCUGUGAGACAGCACUGUCUCCAUGUGACACCAGAGAGUGUGAGAACGGCGGCCGGUGCCAGGCGGAGAGCGGCUCGGCGGUGUGCCUGUGCCAGGCCGGCUACACGGGCACGGCCUGCGAGACGGAUGUGGACGAAUGUGCCUCGGGCCCGUGCCUGAACGGAGGCUCGUGUGUGGACCUCGUGGGGAAUUUCACCUGCCUGUGCUCAGAGCCGUUCGCGGGACCUCGCUGCGAGACAGGAAGCCACCCAGUGCCCGACCCCUGCCUCUCAGCCCCUUGCCAGAACGGGGGCACCUGUGUGGAUGCAGAGGAGGGCUACGUGUGCGAAUGCCCCCAGGGCUUCACUGGCCUCGACUGCAGGGAGACCCGGCCACGCCUGUGCAGCUCGGGGCCCUGCCGGAACGGGGGCACGUGCAAGGAGGCAGGCAGCGAAUACCACUGCAGCUGCCCCUACCGCUUCACCGGGAGGCACUGCGAGAUCGGGAAGCCAGACUCAUGUGCCUCGGGCCCCUGUCACAAUGGCGGCACCUGCUUUCACUACAUCGGCAAAUACAAGUGCGACUGUCCCCCAGGCUUCUCCGGGCGGCACUGCGAGAUAGCCCCGUCCCCCUGCUUCCGGAGCCCCUGCUCGAACGGGGGUACCUGUGAGGACCUAGGCACAGACUUCUCCUGCCGCUGCCGAGCAGGGUACAUGGGACGCCGGUGCCAGGCGGAGGUGGACUGCGGCCCCCCAGCGGAGGUGAAGCAUGCCACGCUGCAUUUUAACGGCACUCGGCUGGGCUCGGUGGCCCUGUACAAGUGUGACCACGGCUACAGCCUGAGCUCCCCCAACCACGUCCGAGUCUGCCAGCCACAGGGCGUCUGGAGCGAACCUCCACAGUGCCACGAGACAGAUGAGUGCCAAAUGCAGCCUUGCAGAAAUGGAGGCUCCUGCAGGGACCUCCCGGGGGCCUUUGUCUGCCAGUGCCCCGCAGGCUUCACUGGAGUCCACUGCGAGACAGAGGUGGAUGCCUGCGACUCCAGCCCCUGCCAGCACGGAGGCCGGUGUGAGAACGGUGGCGGGGCCUACCUGUGCGUCUGCCCAGAGGGCUUCUUCGGCUACCACUGCGAGACAGUGAGCGACCCCUGCUUCUCCAGCCCCUGUGGGGGCCGCGGCUACUGCCUGGCCAGCAACGGGUCCCACAGCUGCACCUGCAAAGUGGGCUACACGGGCAAGGAUUGCGCCAAAGAGCUCUUCCCGCCGACGGCCCUCAAGGUGGAGCGAGUGGAGGAGAGUGGGGUGUCCAUCUCCUGGCGUCCGCCUGAAGGUCAGGCCGCCAGGCAGAUGCUUGACGGCUACGCGGUCACCUACGCCUCCUCGGACGGUGCCUACCGCCGCACAGACUUCGUGGACCGGAGCCGCUCCUCGCACCAGCUCCGGGCCCUGGCAGCCGGCAGAGCCUACAACAUCUCCGUGUUCUCCGUCAAGCGCAACGCCAACAACAAGAAUGACAUCAGCAGGCCGGUGCUGCUCCUCACCCGCACACGACCCCGCCCCGUUGAGGGCCUUGAGGUCACCAACGUGACAGCCAGCACCAUCUCAGUGCGGUGGGCUCUGCACAGGAUCCGUCACGCAACGGUCAGCGGCGUUCGUGUGUCCAUCCGGCAUCCCGAGGCCCAGGAGGACCAGUCCACCGAUAUGGACAAGAGUGUGGACAAGUUCACGUUCGGGGCCCUGCUGCCAGGAAGGAGAUACACCAUCCACGUGACUGCCCUCAGUGGGCUCGGGGGACAGGAGCCUCCCACCGAGAGUCUGGCCUCGGCCCCGCUGCACGUGUGGACGCGGCCCCUGCCACCAGCAAACCUGACCGCCGCCAGAGUCACGGCCACCUCUGCCCACGUGGUCUGGGACACCCCCGCUCCAAGUACCUUGCUGGAGGCAUACGUCAUCAACGUGACCACCAGCCAGAGCACCAAAAGCCGCUACGUUCCCAACGGAAGGCUGACGUCCUACACGGUGAGGGACCUGCUGCCAGGGCGGCGGUACCAGCUCUCGGUGACAGCCGUGCAGAGCGCAGAGGGCGACCAACUGCACAGCGAGCCUGCUCACCUCUACAUCAUCACCUCCCCAAGGGACGGCGCUGACAGACGCUGGCACAGGGAGGGACUCCACCCACGGGUGCUCAGAAACAGACCGCCCCCCGUGCGCCUGCCGGAGCACCUGCUCAGUGACCGUGACGCCCCUGAAGCUCAGACCCCGGCCCCCAGGUUCUCGGAGCUUGUGGACGGCAGAGGGCGAGUGAGUGCCAAGUUUAGUGGCUCACCUGGCAAAUCGGUCACCGUGAGAUCACAACCCACAGCUCUGGCGCAGCUCGAGAACACGGAGGAGGCCCCCAAGCAGGCGCCUGAGCAGGUCGGCCUGGCCCUCCAGCUCCCUGAACGCAGCAGCGACAAGGACAUGGAAAACACUCCUGGGAACUGUUCAGAAAACCCCUGUCAGAACGGAGGCACCUGCGUGCCAGGUGUGGACACCCACAGCUGUGACUGCAGCCCAGGGUUCAAAGGCAGACGCUGUGAGCUGGCCUGCACCAAGGUGCCGCAGCCCUGCACUAGGCUCUUCUCCGAGACCAAGGCUGUGCCCGUCUGGGAAGGAGGAGCCUGCCACCACGUGUAUAAGAGAGUCUACAAGGUGCACCAGGACGUCUGCUUCAAAGAGAGCUGUGAAAGCACGAGCGGCAAGAAAACCCCGAGCAGGAAACAAAGUAACAACAGUCCGACACUGAAGAAAUCUUAG